CAUCGCGCGGAUCGAGCUACCGGUGUAAGCGGGGUUUGAUUACUUCUCCCUCAAUGUGUACGCGUGUGUUUAUCUCGGGUCUUGGAGGCUCGAGCCGGAUCAUGAACGCUUCAUAAAGGAGUGCGAGGAGAGUGCGCGAGAAAGGGUUCGGGCUGCAGUCAUGACUAACGUAUAUUCUUUCGAUGGGCUCCUGGUUUUUGGCUUGCUUUUUAUAUGCACCUGUGCAUACCUGAAAAAAGUACCACGUCUAAAUAAAUGGCUUCUAUCUGAAAAGAAAGGGGUAUGGGGUGUGUUUUACAAAGCUGCAGUAAUAGGAACAAGACUUCAUGUACCAGUUGCACUGUCUUGCCUUGUCAUGGGUGUUUAUGUUUUGUUUAUUAAAUGACAACAAUCCCAAUUUGAUGAAGAACAUAAGAGGAACAAUAUAUUUAGCAGAACAGUCAACAAGGAUUAUGAUCAGAUAAUGUUUCUUUUCUAUACAAAAACCGGACACUAUACUGUUUAUCCCCUCAUGCUAUCCUGAAGGUGCUUGGAAGAAACAUUAACAAAUGGAAAAGUAAAUUGCUGGUAUAUACAUGGUCCGUACUAAAUCUGUCUCUUUAUUCAAAGGUGUGUGCUUAUAGCAAAUCUUCUGUUUCACUUGAAAACAACAUCAUGAAAGACUAGUCAGACAAUGAGUCAAGAUCUUUUGAGUAUUCAACUUUGAAGGAAGUAUUUGUGUGGUUUAGUAACUUUAGAGACAUUUUGAAUUGAAACUAUAAUCCUGAGAUAAUCAUUUAAAGUUGGUUUCUUUUUCAAUUUCUGAAUUUAAUCAGAUACUAAAGUUUCCAUUUUAAAAACAGGAAAUUUUGUCUUGGCGUAUUUUGUCUAAGGUAAUGAGGUUGUUGUACAUUGGUCCAGUUGACUAUGUUUGCUAUGUCUUCCUAAAAUGAUGUAUACUAUGAUUAAAAAAAUGUAACACUUUAUUCAUAAUUUAGGGUGUUGUGGUGAAGUUUAUAAAAUGACAUACUCAACCAAAAAAGACAAAAGUUAUAAAGUUAUUUUUGGAUAACCCUAUCGGAAUCUGUAAAGUGACUGUAACAAUGAUGAGGAUGCCCAACCUGCCUUAAAACGUUUUUUCUUGUAACAAGGUGACUGCAUUGGUUUUAUUGACCCAAUGGUUACUGAAAUAAAGGUAGUCAAUUUGUUGGACAUUUCAAACUUUAAA